AUCGCAAAGAAACGUCAAAUCAAAACAUUAAAAAUUUUCACACGAAACGGGUCGGGUCGGAAUUUUGUGUUGUCUGCUCCGUCGCGCUCAGAACCGAGAUUGUUUCAAGAUUUCAUAAUUUUGCGUGCGUGUUUUUUUCACUCUCGGGAUUUGCCAGAUCAACCGGAAGUGCUCUAGGCUGGACAUCCCGAGAAUCCGUGUCAUGGCCUACUGCACUAGAAGAGGAACUCGCUAGGGAUGGUCACGGUCGUCGUCGUCUCGGGGAUGGGGGCAGGGGUGGCGUAACUCGCGUCCAAAAGGUCGUAAUUUUUUGUGUUUUGCGGGUGUGCCGUCGUCGGAAGUGGCCACCGGAGCAGCUUGUUGAUUGCGAGGUUGAGAGUGAGAGUGAUUCGUGGAAGGGGCCAAACUAGGGGUGUCAACCAACCGAAUCAGUGUGCCAGUGAGAAAGAUCUUCAAGGAUCCGUCAAGGACUACCUUGAUUAAAGCCCGACGCACACACACGACGGUCGGUCGCGUGAAUCUACGGAGUUUGUUUGUGUGUGCGUGCCCAGUAGUUGAACGGGUUGCUACGACCUGACUCGAAGAAAACAAGUGCAUUCCAAGUCGUUCGAAAGGAGGGUGGGUUGGGAGGAGGAGAGGGGUGUCAACCUGUCCUGUCAACGAGUAGCAGCAGUAGGCCUUGGGUGCAGGAAGAGAGUGGCGCGGUGAACGACCACCCCGUAAAUUGGCACCUUCCGACGGCCUACUACGAGCUGAGCUGAUCCGGGUGUUGUGGAGCAGAUUUUUGGACCAGGUCGCGCAGCGAUCUUCUUGGCGAAGGAGAGAGGUGCUGCUGUGCGGGGUCCAAAUGAUGAUGAAGACGAUGAUGACGGCGGCCACGACUGGGUGAAGGUGCCACUCGAUGCCCAUUUAGGGAAAGUCACGGUAGACGACACCUGGAGAGGACACCACCCCCACCCGCUUGAAACGAAACCAUCUCCAAGCCAGAACCAGAAGCAGAGCUCGCUGAAUUGAUUGCGAGAAUCCUCAACGACAGUGAAAGCCUAACAAGAAGAAAAUAAUAAUAAUAAUCAUGAAAUGGCAGAGGCCUAAAGAAAUAAGAAAAAUGUGAAAAAUGCCUAAUUUGCGGGAAAAGUGAGAAAAAAAAGUGUGACGACGAAAAAUUGGCCGUCAAAUAAAACCAGAAGAAAAAUAAGCUAAAUUUAAAGUCAACAACAGCUAAGAAGAAGAAGAAAAAGAAAAAAGUCAAAACAUCAACAACAUCAGCAAGAGACGCAGCAAUCAUGUCGGAGAGCACAUCGAACCACCGGCGGUCGACGUCCUUCACGACGAUGCCCCCGGUGUUGACCGAAAGCCAGAAGGGUUCCGUCGAGGACAUUCAGAUCUCGCUCGCGCCCUACAUCCAGAGCUAUCUGACGCAGACGGGGCGGAGGCCGUCCUGCUGCAGCGUGAUGCUACCGGUGGCGUUCGAGCGGGCCGCACCGCGGUCCUGGUUCGAUCCGCGGUUUGAUUCGCCGGUGCUGGAGGGACAGUUCCAGUCGAGCGUGUUUCCCCAGAUACGGCUCAAGUUUAGGUUCGCCCUCUUCUACAUCCUCCUCUGCUCCCUGGUGUGGCUGUUUUACUUCCUGUUCGACGGUGGCCCCACCCAGUACACCCUGCUCACGGUGUCAAUCGGCCUCAUCCUGGUGUUUGGCCUGGUCGGCAUGUGGCUGACGCACACCGACGUGUACCGGGCCCACACGAACCUGAUCUCGUCGACGUGCGCCAUCCUGCUGUGUAUGUUUUCGUUGUUCCUGUUGCUGUUCACGGACGAGGCGUUGAGUCCGCUGGGGCACUUUUCGAUCUGCAUCGAGGUCGUGAUGCUGAUCUACACCAUCAUUCCGCUGCCGCUGUGGCUGUGCUGUACGAUUACGACCGUGUACUCGGUGUGCUUCGAGGUGUUGUCGUUCUUCUGCCAGCUGCACUACGACCAGCAGCCGAGCGUGGAGUCGCAGGGCCCGGACCGGUUCGACGGGGACUCGACGGGGAAUUUCGUGUACAAAAUCGUCACGAUUCGGGUGUUGAUCCAGCUGUGCGUGCACAUCUUGGGCGUGCACAUCCUGAUCAUGACCGUGGUCCGGAUGCGGGGGACGUUCAUGAAGGUGGGGCAGAACCUGCUCGUGCGGAGGCAGCUCGAGAUGGAGAAGCAACUCAAGGAGAAGAUGAUCCACUCGAUGAUGCCGCCGAAGGUGGCCGACCUGCUGCUCAAGGAGAGCGGCUCCGUCGUCAAAGGGAUGAGCUUCGACCAGUGUCCACCGCGGCGCGCGACUCCCUCCGACCUGAAGAGUCUGUUCCGACCCUUUCACAUGAACAGCAUGGACAACGUGAGCAUCCUGUUUGCAGACAUCGUAGGCUUCACCAAGAUGUCAUCCACAAAAACCGCAGAACAACUGGUGGAAAUCCUCAACGACCUGUUUGAGCGAUUCGACGACCUCUGUCUCAUGAACGGGUGCGAAAAGAUCUCAACCCUGGGCGAUUGCUACUACUGCGUGUCCGGAUGUCCGGAACCCCGGCCCGACCAUGCCAUCUGUUGUGUGGAGAUGGGCCUCGGGAUGAUCCAGUCGAUUCGGGUGUUUGACGCCCAGCGGCAGGAGGGCGUCAAGAUGCGGGUGGGAGUUCACACGGGGACGGUGCUGUGCGGGAUCGUUGGGACGAAGCGGGUCAAGUUUGACGUGUGGAGCAACGACGUGACGUUGGCCAAUAGGAUGGAAUCCAGCGGGCGGCCCGACCAGGUUCACGUUUCGGAAGAAACGUGCAGUUUUCUCGGGGAUUCCUACUUUAUCGAGGAGGGCGAGGAGGUUGACGGCCACCGCACCUACUUCGUCCUCGGCAAGAAGCAGGACCUGGUCAGCUCCAUAACCGAGGGCCUAUCCAGCAUCGGUCUCCCCCCGGGAGACCACCUGCUCCUCUCGUCCUCCCCACUGGACACCUCAAGCGGCGGCGGAGCCGCCCAUCCUCACCACCCUCACGCCCACCACCAUCACUCGUUCUCGCAGAGUGCCACCAACCUGUCCUCGAUCCAUCCGGCCGUGCCUCCAGCAUCCCCCGCUGGCCCGGUAUCCUCCUCACUGAACCCCUCCCCCGUGUCUAGUCCCCGCCCCCGGAUAGCAUCGCUCUCCAAGAUGACCAAGUUCCUGAAGGGGAAGAGCGGCGGGGCGCAGAAUCACGUCGUGACGGCGAACGGCGGCCUCGACAAGCCGAAGAUCAUCGUCAGCACCAAGUCGAUGCCGAACGGGAUCGAUUCGGACGAGGAGGGGGGCGAAGCUGUGGCGGUGUCGUCGGUGAUCAACGAGAAGAGUUCCGGCGUGUUUCGCAGCUGGAAGGUGGGCAAGUUCCUGAAGCGGAUGGAUUCGGGGGGGACGGCGGACGCCGUCGGCACGGACAAGCAAGACUGUGAUAGGAGGGGGGAGGUAGAAGUGCCAUGUCUGGGGGAGGUUCAGGGUUGUAGCAGUGGUGGUUACCAGCAGUUGCCGAUCGUGAUCGUCACUCCGAGACCGAGCUGUCACACGUUGGAGGUGGCGACCUGUUCGGUCCAGGGGAGUGGCGGCAGGUCGAGGGAUCGCGAGGGCUCGAAAUCGUUGAGUGCGGGGUGCGGGGGAGGGGCGGGGGAUAGCCUGAGUCAGAACUCGGUCUUUGAUGACAUAAUUGACGUGAGGUCGUACAUUUCGCAGAGUCGGAGUGACAUUUCGCCGUUUGCGCGGACGGGGAGUUACCGAUCGCAGCAGUGUGAGAAGGCUUCGCUGGUGACGGAAGCGCCCUGUGGGAGGCCGCGGAGUUCGACGAUCGCGGUGAAUUGUGUGGAGGUUGGAAGUGGGAGUAGGCAUGGGUCGGUUUGUCCGAGUGGGAGGUUGCUGUGUGAUGGGGCGAGUUUGUGUCCGUCGGCGACCUCGAGGAAGGACUCCGGCAUUCGGUCAAAUAGCAGACGGUCCAGUAUUCAGCAGCACAUCAUGCUGAUGAACCAGAGUGCGGCGUUGUCGGCGCAUCGAGUGUCCGGGUACUUUACCAGUUCGCAGUCUAGUCUUUCGGCGGUGGUCGCAGCCAGUGGUAUGAACGCAGCCGAUGGAGCGCCGGUUAUGGCGCUCAAAACCAACGGGGACAUUAUCGACCUUCGGUGUGUCAUUAAGGAGCCCCAUCCGGAUCCGCUGGCUGCGUGCUUGCAGCAGUUGCGUAAGCAAUCCGACCUGCAGCUGAUCCGCUGCGUUCGUGACAACGCACGCAGCCAGCGAAGUUACCUGGUGAAACCUCCGCUCCUGCCGAUCUCCCUCUGCUUCAAAUCACGCCAAAUGGAGCACGAGUUCCGCUCGAAGGCGCAUCGCUUAGGGAGCGAGUCGGAACUCGAGGGUGGUCCACCAACGCUGGCCACCCCGAAGUACAACACCUACAUCGACAUCUUCGUGUCCUUCCUGAUCUACCUGGCGACCUCCACCUCCCUCUUCCUUCUGUCCCCCUCCGUCUACCUGGAGUCCUACAAAGUCUGGGUCUGCAUCUUCAUGGCGUUCAGCACGGUCCAGCUGUUCGCGCUCUUCAUCUGCACCAAGCAGGUCUGCCGCAGGACCCACAAGUACGCCCGACGAUCGCGACCUCCCGUCACCCAAAGCUGCUACGACAGCAUUCUCAGUCUCGUCUCCAACUGGUACCCGUGGCACCUGUGCGGAGCCGUCCUGAUGUCCCUCCCCGUCAUCUCGAUCCUCUCCAACUUUGCCAUGAUGGACGUCACCAAGUUCAAGAUCUUCGAGUUCCACUACGGCUUCCUCAUGUUCAUCUGCGUGAUCCACUUCUGCAACUUCACCCAGCUCAACUGCUGGAUGCGCAACACCCUGGCGUUCGUAACGUCCGUCGCCUUCGUCGGCAUCGCCAUCGGACACAUGCUCGAGCUCAAGUACAGUGCCGCCGCAGCCACCAACAACGCAACCCUCGUCACAACCCCCGACGCCCCCACCCUCCAGCAAGCCCAGUUCGACUGGUUCCACGACUACCGGAUCGAAAUCUACGUCGACCUGGUCCUCCUGCUCGUCCUCGUCUGGUUCCUGAACCGCGAGUUCGAGAUCAGCUACCGGCUCAGCUUCUACGGCAGUGCCGUCGCCAACCAGGACAAGAUCCGCGUCCAAAACAUGAAGAACCAGGCGGACAUGCUCCUGCACAACAUCAUCCCCAAGUACGUCGCCGAGCAGCUCAAAAACACCGCCAAGUACUCCGAAAACCACCGCAACAUCGGCAUCAUCUUCGCCAGCAUCGUCAACUUCAACGAGAUGUACGACGAGUCGUACCUCGGCGGCAAGGAGUACCUGCGCGUCCUCAACGAGCUCAUCGGCGACUUUGACGAGCUGCUCGCCCGGCCCGAGUUCCGCUGCGUCGAAAAGAUCAAAACCAUCGGCUCCACCUUCAUGGCCGCGUCCGGCCUCGACCCGGGUAGCCGCGGCGAAGACUACGAGCACCUGUACACCCUGCUAGACUUUGCGAUCGCCAUGCAGCAGGUCGUGGACUCGUUCAACCGCGAUCUGCUCGAGUUCAACCUGAUCAUGCGCGUGGGGUACAACUUUGGGGACGUGACGGCGGGCGUCAUCGGGACGAGCAAGCUGUACUACGACAUCUGGGGCGACGCGGUGAACGUGGCGUCGCGGAUGGACUCGACGGGGGUGCCCGGCCGCAUCCAGUGCGGGCUGGCGUGCGUUCCGGUGCUGUCGGAGCGGUACGAUUUCGAGCCCCGCGGCAAGGUUUACGUCAAGGGGAAGGACCACAUGGAGGUGUAUCUGUUGGUGGGGAAGAAACCGGACCUGCUGGGGCCACCCGAGCUGGAUGUGGGGAUGUAGAUUGGCAAAUUAUAGCAGGACGCAACCAAUUCUAGCAGUAUGCAACCACGAAUAGCUAGCUGGUACCCGAGAUUAACGUGGGAAUGAAAAUUACAAAUUAGGGUUACGCAGCCAGACAUUCAAAUGCUACCGGUACGCAACCAGUAAUAGCAGUACGCAACCACAACUAGCUAGCUGGGGAACAUGGCCUGCUCUGGUAUCCGAGCUGGCCGCGAGAAUGUAGUUUAAAAUCGGUACGCAACCACAAAUAGCUAGCUUUAGGCGAGUUCUAGAUCUAAAAACGUCAACACGAAUUGAAGAAUUCGAGAACGUUUUUUCCGCUAGGUUCGCUGUUGUUCCAGCGGUGUUCGGAAUGACAGCCCCCAUACAGUUUGAGCAGUUUUAAGGGGAGAAAAAUGCGUUUAUAAUGAAAAAUCAAACAUUUUCAGCAUAGUUGGAUAUUGCAACGACCAUAAUGAGUGGUGAAUUGUAGCGAUUAAUUUUUGCUGGUAUUUUAUUUAGACGAUUUUUCUAAAAAGAUGAUCGUUAUUUUGGAUAAGUUGAGUCCAAAGUUGCAAAAGUUAAAAGUAAUGAUCAAACUUAAUUUAAAAGUGUUUUAAUAUCACUUUUCUUCCUGUCUGACAAAAAUAUUGACCAUAAAAACCAAGGUUGUUAACGAUAAUAUUAUCGAGGCUCGGUAACGAUAACGAUAAUCUAUCGUUAUCGUUAUCGUUACUUCGAUAAUUCUAUCGGCGAUAAUCUUAUCGC